UCUUCCUCUACUUUAUAUUUGAUUUUUUAGCAAUUUGUAAUACUACUUAAUAAAUGUCUUCACAAAAGAGGGGUUCUAAUUGGAGUUACAAUGAAGAUGUAUUCUUGUGUAAGUCUUCGGUGUCUAUUUCUGAAGAUGGUGCAGUCGGAAUCAAUCAAGCGGGCGAUUCAUUCUGGUCCCGAGUUCACAUGUUGUUCUGUCAACAAGCAAAUACGACAGUCCGAACUAGGGAGGCUGUUGAAUCACGGUUCAAAGUUAUCAAUCAUCAGUGUUCGUUAUGGAAGGGGAGUUUGCGAAAGGCAAAUGCAACCCAAAGCAGUGGAUCGAAUCUAAUCGAUGUGACGUUUGCCGCAAAAACAAUAUUUGUAAAUGACAAUCAUAACAAGGCCUUUAAGUUUGACCAUGCUUGACAUAUACUUCAAGCAUGUCCGAAGUGGUAUCAACAAUAUGAUACUACUCCCACUUUUACGCCCAUACCUUCUGUCACUCCUGAUACGUUUGUUGAAGGAAGUAGUGGUUCAUCUCCUUCCGAUGGUAUAAGUGGUCCUCUAUGACGUCCUGAGGGACGUGACAAACAGAAGG